AUGUCUCGGUCAAGCUUCAGCAUACGGAGACUCAUCUCACCUCGCCGCUCUCAAACGAUCAAUGAGCGCCGUCAUUCCGGAGACUCCAUCGGAAGCGAGGAUCUUUCACUGUUCAAAUACCGACGCAAGCAACAAAAAUCCAAAUCUUGGGCCCCGACCAGGCGUCCAUCCAACCCUAAAUCCAGAAGACCCUCGAGGGAGGAGACCCUCGCACGAAGGACACAAAGCAUCAAGAGGAUACCGGCAGAGAGCCCAUCUUGCCCUCAGGGAUCACCAAAUUCAUCGUCGAGUUCUUUGUGCAGUUGCGAGUGUCAUACAGACACCGCCUCGACCAAUACCAGCUAUGGCACUCUUUGUUCCCCUCGACUCCAAGAGAGGCCCUCUCGAUCCACGGCCCCGAAACGUCUCGCGGACCGCCGACACCUCUGCAUCUCUCCUCUGUCACCGCCUCCUAGCAGCACGCUUAGACCAAAGUCGACAGAAGCUUACAAUAAGGCCCAUGAGGCUGGCGACAUAGAUCUAUCAGAACAUCCCGCACUCAGAGAGACCAUGACCCCUCCCCCUACUCCGGAAGACAAUGGCUUGGACCGCUGGUCCCUCAAUGUUCAGCAACUCAUCCGAGAAACCGAUGAAGCCUUCAAAGCCGUAGGAACAGCAAUCGAAGAGGCGAAGGUGGCGGUGUCAACUUUUCCACCACAUACCGAGGCUCAGGCUCAUCACGCGCCUACAUCGCUGGCCUCUCUUAAGUUGGCGAAGCCUGACUCACCGAGCCUUCCACUAUUGAGACUGCAGUCUAGCAACAGUACCCCAGCGCUGCCUCCUCCACCAUCGAGUGCCUCGGUGUCAUCUGCAUCAAAGCCCAGAAGGAGAACAUCCAAGAAGUCCAAACGGGUCAAGAUGAGACCUAGGAAGUCUUCCCGGUGGCAGUUGGGAGAGGACGUAGCCGACAUCCUUACCGGACAAUUCUUCCGCAAAGUGGAAGUUGACGAGCUUCUCACGCCAGAUCGCCUACAUGCGUUGCGGGUGGAGAGGGAGUCUCAAUCACAACCGCGACGAUCGACUGAUACUCUGAGGACCAUCAGCACCGAUGGAAGCGAGACGCCUGUUGAACCUUUUCACCUCCAAGACCUCCUUUCUCGGAUAGGAGCAGCUGGGGCCAAGACCACUAUCACCCCUUCAGAGGCAAUGACUCCACCCGAGCUCCUCGACUCAAGCGUACGACGAGACUUGCCGUUCAAAGAAAAGUCGCCGCGUAGGAAGACGCCUGUGACCAAGGAUGAAUACGAGGCGGACGAUCCUACAAUGGUAGCCCCUCCUCCCCCUCCUGCGAAGAACCCGGCGAGGUUUCUUCCCAGGCCGCAGGCGCCGCUGUUAGCGACGAUUCCCGAGGUCGUAGUUACGACGCCCGACGUUGGAGGUCAUUCGGCAGAGAACAGCAACAGCACUGCUGCGCGAACUUUUGCACCCGUGGAUGAAGACGACUUUGUCUUUUUAUCAUCGACACCUUUCACGUUCAACCAUCCUGCUUUCCGACACGGACGUAUACGGCUUCCCAAGUCAGAAGUGGUCAAGGGACUAACAAUCGAUCCUGACGAUACGCUAGACUGGACCGCCUUCCAGAUGGCCAUCCUCGGCGGCGCGGGUGACCUCUUCUCAGACCCUGCAGACUUUUCACAGAGAUCGGAGACUGAAGAGACUGCCAACCUGGCCGCGUGGUUCGACGGCUUCGGCUUCGAUAGCCACGGCCGCCUGCUCACCAGCGACGAGCCGGCGAGCCGUCUGCAACGGUCUCGCGCGUCUACGACGGAGUUGUCGCCCAAGUCGUUCGGUAGAGCGGCGCGGGAUAGCGAACUACCCAUCCCCGUGAGGGCCGAACACCCUACUGGGUUCUGGAACGAAGGCAAUAUCAACGCGUCCAAGUUCCUGACGCAUGGAUGCAACAUUAGGCGGUGGACGAUGGAGGGGCAUCCCAAGCGGCACAACCGCGAGAGCGUCGAGAGCCUGCCGCCCAGUCCCAUGAUGGACCUGGUCAUGAUGAGGGGCUCCGAUGGAGAGCCUGAGGUGGUGCCCAUGGGGUAUAAUCUGGGACAUGAUCUCGGGGAUUUCCUGCGAUGGGAGGCCGAGAAUGUCUAUGCUACGGGCGCCUACUGA